GAGCGCGACUUGUGACGUCAACGUCUUGCCGCGCAGUGAUGAUGGCGGUACGUGAACGCGCAGUGAAAGUAAUGGCUGCUGUGGAUCGGCGGGUUCCUAGCCUCGAUGAUUUCGUGGGUCAAAGCUGGACUGCCUGGAGCGAGUGGGCUGGUGUGACCGCACCCGACGGCCCUGAUGUGGAUGGCUGCAGUAAAAAUGGUGAAAAGGCUGCAGAGGCAAUGUCACUCAGUAAGGAGGAUAUGUCAAUCUUUGGCCUGUACCCCGGCCACGACGACUUCUACCUUGUGGUGUGUAGCCACUGUGGUCAAGUCGUGAAGCCACAGGCCUUCGAGAAGCACUGCGAGCGAAGACAUGGCUCCCUGGCCAAACUUUAUGCGCGGAUUCGCUCCCCCACUCCAGCUCCACAGCCCCAGCAGAAGCCUCUUCAUAGCCAUUCCCCUUCUCAUGGGACCAAUGCCAUUCCAUCUUCAUCUUGGGACGGUCGAGGUCAAGGUGUCGGGUCAGUUAGACCGGCUCCACCAGCCCCUUCCACGCCACCCCAGCACAGACCCACCAAGAACACCAAGGAAGGCGCACGACAUUUCCCACUGGAAAAAUCAUCCCACGGCAGCCACGUAGAUUCAUCAGUAUUGAAGCAGCAGCCGCCGCCUGUGGAGCUGCCCAUCAGCUCUCCACCGCCGUCCCUUAGGGAUCCCCCCUGGCCACACGGGGACACCCCACCGGGUAGGCCUUCACCCGCAGACCGACCGAUCACCCAAAGAAAGGAUUCCUCUCCAGCUUCUAUGGUACCAAGCCACCGUAUUCCCAGGCCCUACAACAAAAUGGCCUCCAAGAGAGAGUGUGACUUGGACAAACACUGUGGUGUCCUUGACCCUGACAGGAAGAAAGUGUGCACUCGUCUCCUCACAUGCAAUAUCCACUCCAUCCACCAGCGUAGGAAGGUGCUGGGCCGCAGUAAGAAUUUCGACCAGUUAGUGGCGGAACUCAAGACCAAGGUUCGUGAGAAGGGGGCUCAGUUGCUGGAGGGAGGUGGUUCCUCCUCUGGACGGUCCCCCAGCCCAGAGGCACCUAAAGAGCAAGCCGGAGCUCCACAUUGCCGCAGACCUUUGGCCAGCCUCCCUGCUUUCAGUCGCUCCACAGGCGUAUCGGACAACACGGCAGAGGACGACAGGCAGAUGCAGGAUGAGGGGAACCUCCGGGCUUCCUCCCCUCUUGUCCAUGGAACCAUUUCCAGUGAUGAAAGUGACGCAGACGGAUCAGAGGAGCCGAUUGAGUUCUCGUCUUCUGCUGCACACCCACGACCGCUAGCAAUGUGUUCAUUUGGAGGAAGUAUGUUGGGCCACGGCAUCUACACAUUUGAUAGAAGGCUUCACCAUCUGAGGUCCGCUUUCAGCAGCAUGCUAGAGCAGCACAUCAGUGCACAUCUCUGGAAGAAAAUACCUCAAGCCACCGACCUUCAGUGUCCAACCUCCUCAGCCAAGAUCAUCACCUCCUCGUCUCCUGCGUCAAUCACCAGCGGAUCCCCGACCUCCUCCUUCCAUUCUAAAGUCCGCACCGCCGCUCAUAUCAAGUCCUCUCUCAAAAAUGUUUCGUCCUCUUCAUCUUCCAGUCGUGUGGCUGGGAGGUCGUCAGAGAACUCCGGUGGGGGCGGAAUGGGCGGCAGUCACUUGACGUCUCUAGGUAAUCCUGCGAUGGUGCAUCACACAGGUCCGGGACGGCCCAAGAACCCCGUAGGGCGUCCUAGCAAGCAGCCGCUGAAGCUGCGAGAGGAAGCUCCCUCCCAUAAGCGAAAAGCCCCCUCCCAGGAGGAGCAUUCGGGCCCCAACAGGAACUGCGUCAUUUUACACGACCGGGGCCGCCCGCCUUCCUCGGCUUCUUCCCCCUCUCCCUUCCCGUCGUCCUCUAAAGCCCCCAUUCUCUCACCGCUUCCCCACGGACAGACCAAUGGCACGCUUUCUUCUAGCAGCAAACCCCGCCCCCAGCCCGCCCCCUCGGAACCCCACUCACCAGCUUCGAAGACAGUUUGGACGUACAGACGGACUCACCCCACACUGGCGCACUCGUCGCCCCCGGAGUCCUCGUCCAUCAACAGCGCCCACGGUCGGAACUCCACGGGGGACUCGGGACUACACGGGCAGGGCAGCGGGAGGGGUUUUGAGGGUUUGAUAAAGAAACGUAAGGGAGGCGCCCUCGAGGAGCAGUCCCCCUCAAAAUCCUCAGCGCACCGUCUGCCCUCCUCAUCGUCCUCGUCCGCUCCUGCCUCCUCUUCUCCCCGCUCCAACUUCUACCCUUGGAAGGACAGCAAGGGUGGGGGCCUGGCGGGGGGCAUGGAGAAGAAGCUGGGCACACAGAAGCCAAAACUGCACCAUUAAUCGUGCCUGCCUUACAAGCCACUAGAGGGAGCCAGCUCGCCUCGGUCUCAGACCGACGGAACAGGACAGUGUGCGUGUGUGUGUGCGUGUGACAGGGAGACAGACGGCCUGCACUUUUCUAUGUGAUGGGUAUGCUUGUUUAUUGUCAAGUGGUGCAGUGUGCAUCCUGUGAUGACUUUAUCAACAUGAACAUUUGAAUGGAUGGAUAUGGACUUAGAAAUACCUCAAGUUUAUCUGGUUAUGCUGCUAAAUUAAAUAUGUUGGUUUAUAUAAAAAAUAUAUAUAAAAGAUUAAACAACUCCUUUAUACGUU